AUGACAUCGCUCAAUGGCCACGCAAAUGGCUCAACAUCUACUCUAAUCAACGGCGAUGCAGCCUCACGCGAGCCCGUCAUCAUCGUUGGCGCCGGUCUCGCGGGCCUCGUCGCAGCCUACGAGAUCACAAAGGCAGGGCAGAAAGUCAUCUUCGUCGAGCAAGAGAAUUCGGCCAAUCUAGGCGGCCAAGCGUUUUGGUCCCUCGGCGGCAUAUUCCUCGUUGACUCGGUCGAGCAACGCCGAUUCGGUAUUCGCGACUCGCUCGAACUCGCACGCAGAGACUGGUACAACAGUGCGCAGUGGGAUCGCUUGGAUGACGAGGACUUCUGGGCAAAGAAGUGGGCAGAUGCCUACUUGGAGUUCGCGGCGGGUCCGAAGAGGCAGUAUCUGCGUGAUUUAGGAGUGGGGUAUCUGCCUACUACCGGUUGGGCGGAGCGCGGAGCGUCUGUGGCUACGGGCCAUGGCAACUCGGUGCCCCGUUUCCACUUGACGUGGGGCACGGGACCUGCCAUUGUCAAGGCUUUCGCCGAUCCAGUACUCGAGGCGCAAAAGAAGGGCCUGGUGGAAUUCAGAUGGCGCCACCAAGUCGAUGCUAUCAGCCUUGACUCCGCAGGUCGAGCUGUAGGCGUGGCAGGCAUCGUCCUUGAGCCAUCGGACCAUCUUGACCGCGGCGUGCAAUCUUCUCGCAAGGCGGUGGGCGACUUUGAGAUUACGGGUCGUGCAGUCUUGGUUUCGUCAGGUGGUAUCGGCGGCAACGUCCCCUUGGUCAAGAAGCUCUGGCCUAAGGAGCGCUUUCACAACUACACGCCCGAGCACUGGGUCGUUGGCGUGCCCGCUCACGUUGAUGGCCGCAUGAUCUCCAUCUCAGAGAAGGCCGGGGCUCGCACUGUCAACAACGACCGCAUGUGGCACUACACCGAGGGCUUGAAGAAUUGGAACUCCAUCUGGCCCAACCACGGCAUUCGUGUCAUCACAGGCCCGUCCUCCCUGUGGCUAGACGCAAAGGGCAAACGCCUCCCUCCUCCCUGCUUCCCUUCGGCAGACACGCUCAGCACGCUUCGCUACAUUUGUUCGACGGGGUAUGACCACACCUGGCUCAUCCUCAACAAGAGCAUUGCAUUGAAGGAAUUUGCAUUGUCCGGCUCGGAGCAGAAUGCAGACUUCACCUCAAAGUCCCUCGUCGGCGUACUUAAGCGCGUCAUCUGGGGCUCGCAGCACAUUCACGACUUCCAGCAGAAGGGCGAGGACUGGGUCACGGCAGACAAUGUUGAGUCUCUGGUCGAGGGUAUGAACAAGAUUGUCAAACGCGACGGGCGUGGGCCUGAGGUGGAGCUGGAGCAGAUUCGCGAGGAGUUGGAGACGAGAGAUGCGCAGAUGGAUCACCCUUACUCGAAGGACACACAGGUCAUGCUGAUCCGCAAUGCCAAGUCGUACAAAGGAGACGUCCGAUGCUGCAAGCCGCACAAGAUUGGGGAUCCCAAGUGGGGGCCGUUGAUCGCGAUCAGGCUCAACCUGAUCACACGCAAGACGCUGGGUGGCAUUCAGACGAAUCUGGAGAGUCAGGUGAUGAAGGAAGAUGGAACUGUGCUACCUGGGCUUUAUGCCGCGGGAGAGGUGGCUGGGUUCGGAGGCGGGGGCGUUCACGGACUCAACGCUCUGGAGGGAACGUUCUUGGGCGGUUGCAUCUUCUCGGGCAGGGCGGCGGGCAUGUCGCUGGCGGGAGAGGGGGACGCCAAGGCUGCGACGCAAGUUUGAUGCCGUUGCGUGGACGCUGAGUCGCUGCUCUGCUGUAUUGUACAUUCUUGAC